AUGGAGAACCUAUCCAUCAACGAUGGCCCUCCACAGGGCCGUGGUGCGCCGCAAGCGCUACCUCAGCUACCGCCGCAAAUGUUCACGACUGCCGCGCAGCUCCUAGACCUCACAGACAGUACGAAUCCGCCUUGGUACCAGUUUACUCCUGUUCCCGAGAAGCUCAUGGUCGCUUUGCGCGAUGGGAGAAAACUCAUCGGAGUACUAAGAAGCUGGGAUCAAUUCGCAAAUCUUGUUCUCCAAUCCACGGUCGAACGUAUCUUUGCGCCCUCUCCCGACUCAGCAGGUAGUGACCGGCCAACUGGUCUCUACGCAGACAUAAACCACGGCAUAUUCCUUGUCCGAGGCGAAAACGUACUGCUCCUUGGUGAAAUCGACCUCGACAGAGAUGACGACCCCCCGCCUGGUUUCGAGUUGGCCGACUUGGAAGUGGUCAAGAAAAUCGCAGAGGAGAAGAAAGCGGCUGAUAAGGCUCGGGAUAAGGCGCGAGUGAAGAAACUCGCGAAACACGGUUUCGAGGGGGAGAACAUUGGCGAGAUUGUGCUGUAG